UAACACAUACAUACAUGCAUGUGCAGCUUUAAUCGCCUUUUUGGUUAUUCCAUGACUUAACUGACGACAGAACUACGAUGUUGGAUGCACGUAGUUUCUUUGAUUGAAAAGUGAUUGAAAAGUGCGCGCCGCGAGCACAGUAUAAUGGCUGACACGACAAGAAAGUAGGUUUUUUGUGUGUUUUACUGACAUAUAGCCUGACAUAGAUCAUCUGACCGCAGAUACUGAAUAAGGACAACGCGUUUCUCCCAGCAUCUGACAGGAGUGUCACCGGCUUUCACACACAUCUUUCUAAAUAAAAGUGGCAUCAGAAAAACAGAGUAUUUCGUUUGUUGUUGUUGUUGUUUCUUUGACUGCACACAUUCAGACCUACUUAAAACGGUCUUGCACUGACGUAGGCUAACCUAUAUAUAAUGUUCGCCGUUCACUGUUGCUCUGCUGAAGCUCGUUCGGCACCUGUAUCAUUUCCGCGCGCGUGGCGCUGAGGCGAUGUUGGAGCGCGCGUCUGAAAAGUCUCCCGUUUUUUGUGGUCUUAAAUAGACGGUUCUGCGUUUAAAUAAACGCAAAUCUUGUCAAGAAAAAAAGGAGACAGUAACAGCAGAUGUGAGCGGGGUGGCCGCAGGGGGAUGGACACACCCCGGGUGGAUGAUGUCUGAGCUCACACUUCCAGAUAACAAAAAACAUAAUCUUGGAAUGUUUCCAUUAAGUUAUUAAUGUUCUCUUCUCUUCAAUUCUUUUUAAUGCUCAUCAGUGUUUUCUUGUGGAAUGAGGGGUCAUAUUCAGACACACACACACACACACACACACACACAAGGAACAUCAACAGGUUGCAUCUUCACAUCAGAUUCAGAAUGCAAACUGCUAAAAUGAAUCGCAAAGCUAUAAUUAACAUGCUAAAUAAUGAAUAAAGGCACGCGCUGUGAAUCUCUCUCUCUCUCUUUUAGUGUGUCUCUGUUUAUGGGGUGCAGGGCUGGUCACCAUGGCAACCACAAGCAACGGAGAGGCUAAUAAAGGAAAGCAUCUCUCUCUCUUUCUCUCUGUUCAUUCUCUCCAUCUCUCUCUCUCUCUCUGUCCCUUUUAUAUCAGCGCGUGCAGGAUUUCAGGAGCAGAUGUUGUCUCUUCUCAUGGAGCCAGGGAUUUUCUGGAUCUCGGUGGAUUGUUAAUGUUAUUUCCUGAUGGCGUGUGUUUGUGGAGAUGAUGAGACGCGCUCCUCCUCCUCCUCCUCCUCCUCCGUGUGUCCGUCAUGUCUCCGCGGGUUUGACGUCGCGCUGAUUCUGCCCUGCUCUCACACUCUGUGCGGCCGCUGUCUGGCCGAGGGGGCGGGGCUUGUUCGGCGCGGGGGCGUGUCCUCCGCCUCUUGUCCAGUCUGCGCCGUUCUCUGUCCGAACUGUCGUCACAGUGUUGAGCUGCCCUGCUUUGACUGGUCAUCUGCUUUGACCUGUCUGCCCUUUGACCCCACAGUGACCCCUGACCCUGAAGCGAGCGGGGCGCAGGAGGAACGGAGGUGGGAGACGGAUGGCAGUGUAGAUCUUUCUGAAGAGGAAAUGGAGCAGUCAGUUACAGGUCUGGUCUUCGCUCUGGAUUCGUCGCGCUCUGAUUCGCCUCUUCACCUCUCAAGCUCCGCCCUCACCGUAAGCGUCACAGGUCACGUGUGCUGCGAGCGCUCCAAUCAGGAUGAGGGACUGCCUCAGGUGUGCGGGAGUGUGAGCGUCUCCAGAGGACAGUAUUACUGGGAGAUCGACGUCUGCAACAGCGCCCUCUAUAGGAUCGGUGUGAUUUCAUCAUGUGACGGUCGUGGCUGGUGGCUGGAGAGGCGUGGCUCUGCGUUUCACGCGGUGUUUGACGGACGGCGUGAGCUCCUCCCCUCUGUUCCUCCUCAGCUGAAGACAGUGGGCGUGUUUCUCAAUGUGGGUGGAGCUUCAAUCACCUUCCACAAUCCUGUAACUCAGGAGUUUCUUGCCGCCGUCCCCUCCCACUUCAGCGUUCCCCUCCGUCCUGCUCUCCAAUUGGGCCAGGGAAGACUCAAGCUCCGCCCCGGCCUGCCACCGCCCAAUCAUGUCUUUCUCAGCCCCAGCUCUGCCUAUCGGGGACCAGGAGGGGCGGGAUCUGGGCGCUGGAGGCGGGACGUGUCGUUUGGGUCCGUGAGGGCCGUGGUUCAGAAGUUUGAGGAGAUGUCGGCCGUGUCGGACUCAGAUUCGGGUCUGGUGUCCAGCGUCGGCUCAGUGUCCGAACACAAUACCCUCUGAAACACAUUAUUGUCUUACUAGCUUCUGCUGCUGAAGGAGUUUCUACUGUUGUGUAUUUAUAUUCAGUGGGACUGUAACAUGUUCAGAGACUGUGUUUCCAUAUCCUUUGGAGUGAUGACUGAGAGGACUGAAACAUCACAUCUGGACUGAAAUACUGUACUGACCGCACAGAUGCCACACAACUCAAAAUUAAUACAGUUAUGGGACAUAUUAAUCACAAGAUCAAUGUUGAACUGCCUGUAAAAACUUUUUAAAAGUUAAAGAAAUAUUCCUGAAAUAUAAGGAAUGUUC